ACAUUUCUAUUCCUUUUUGUCCAGAUGACUCCAGUUCCAGAAUGGGAGGAGGAGCAGCUACUGGUGACUUGGAAAACCCCCCGGAGUUAGCAGGGAAACUAGUUCGUCCUCGUUUCACGCAGCCGGCAAAGAUGAGGAAACGUGUCAUUGCGCGGCCUGUCGGGAGCUCGGUGCGGCUGAAGUGCACGGCGAGCGGGAAUCCUCGUCCAGACAUCGUCUGGCUGAAGGACAGCAGGCCGCUGGCAGACGAGGACGGUGGAGCAGGAGGGGAAGGCAAGAAGAAGUGGACCCUGAGUCUGAAGAACCUGACGCCCGAGCACAGUGGGAAGUACACCUGCCAUGUGUCCAACAAAGCGGGAGAGAUCAACGCCACCUACAAAGUGGAAGUCAUACAGCGUACCAACUCUAAACCCAUCCUCACUGGCACUCACCCAGUCAACACCACAGUGGACUACGGUGGAACCACAUCUUUCCAGUGUAAGGUCCACAGCGACGUCAAACCAGUGAUCCAGUGGCUUAAAAGAGUUGAACCUGGUGACGAGAACAAAUUCAAUUCCACCAUCGAGGUUGGAGACCAUCGCUUCGUGGUGCUGCCUACUGGAGAGGUUUGGUCCCGACCUGACGGUUCCUACCUGAACAAGUUGCUGAUAACCAGAGCCAAAGAAGAAGACGCCGGCAUGUACAUCUGCCUGGGAGCCAACACUAUGGGCUACAGCUUUAGGAGUGCCUACCUCACUGUGCUGCCAGAUAGGAAACCUCAACCCAACACUGUCCACACAGCAGCGUCUCCCAGCCUCCCGUGGCCUGUUAUUAUUGGAAUACCAGCUGGCAUUGCCUUCAUUUUAGGCACUGCCCUCCUCUGGUUCUGCCAGUCAAACCGCACCUGCUCCUCCUCAUCGUCCUCAUCCUCCUCCGCUCUCCCUGCUGCCCAGCGUCUACCUGCGGCCAGUCGCGACCGAGCCUGCCCGGCCCCCCCCCCUCAAGCGGGCAACGGGGACAAGGACUGCCUUUCCUACGAGGACUACAUCGCCCAUCAGCAGCUGCUCGCGGCCCAAGGAGGCGCCGGCCUGGCCCCCAAGGUCUACCCGAAGAUCUACACCGACAUUCACACGCACACGCACUCACACGUGGACGGGAAAGUUCACCAGCAUCAGCACAUCCACUACCAGUGUUAGCGGCGACGCUAGCCAGCCGUGCGUCACGUGCAACCCUUUCGUGGACGUGUUCCUGUGCAGACUCAGUUAUCACGCUUAAAGGUUGAUAUAAAGAGCGAAAGAACAUGCAAGAGGCCAUGCAGAUUAAAGAAACACAAACUCGGGAUCAUGCAACUCUGCUGCGGCUGUGUGCCGUUUGCGAAUGGACUGACUCAAUGCAUGAGAAAGGAGCAAAGUAAGGAGGAAAGGUCUUUAUUUUUCAGCCAAUCCAAAGAGAUCUACGAGAGAAAAAUCCCCAGAUACGUUUUAUUCAAGGGUUUUUUGAUAUAGCGUAAAACAAAUAACAUUAUAGCUAGCUUUGGAAUGUAUAGGAGUAAUAUUACAGCAUUUAACUUCCUGCUUUGCCAAGGAUAAUCUAUGAAAAGCGAUAUAGCUUGCUGUAAUGAAUAUCUCAGGCAUCAGCCUAACUGAGCCAUGAAAACACAACUCUGCUGUUUCCAAAAAACUUAGCAAGCCUAGAUGCUACGGUUUUUUUUCUACUGGGCUGCAAACCGCUACUUAUAUACAGUUGCUAUUGGACAGUGUGUGAACAAGAGCUAAUGGCAGACUUAGUGACAAGUUGGAUCUCCUUUGGAAGAUUGAUUUUUUAUCUAUUUUUAUCAAAGAACUGGCGUGAGGUUGCUUAGAACUCAUUACAAGACAAAUUCCUGUCAUUUUCAGCCUCAUUACUUCCUAGGAAAUGGUUGCAUAUCAGGAUUUGCAGCUUCUAGUUUUCACUUUUUGUUCGAUGCUCGUUGACUGCAAGAAAAACAUUGUGGGUAUCAGGGUGCUUUGUAGCAUUAUCUGAAGAUCUCAUGGAUAAUUGGUGGAUCACCAGAUAUGUCACAGACUCCUGUCAGUGCCUCGUUAGAUUUAGGGAGCUUUAAAGAGUCGGAGUUUAUAUAUAACCUCAGGUUAUGACUCCGCUGCUCAUGUGAAACUUUUCACAACCUAAUGCGAUUCACAUUUGGAGCUUCCAGCACUUCAUAACAGAAACAUUUCAGGACAAAGACCUUCAUCCAACAAAUAAAACAAUUUAGAUUAUCAAUAGGGACGGAUUCUGAUGGGAGUAGCCUAAUGCUAAAUCAAAGAUUUAUUUUUUUUGUUUUUUAAUUAGCAUUAAGUUGUAUUGCUCACUAUCAACAUCAUUUGACUGGCUUACACUGCUGCACAGUGCUAGUGAAUCAUAACUUCUUGAAACAACAAGAAAUACGUCUUAUAAUAUUUUUGAUCAAAUAUUUAUCAAAAAUUACAAAUAUUUUGUAAACUUUUAUAGACUUGUCUGCACAUUUCCACCACUUUUACUAACUCAGUGUCUAUUAUAACCUACGAUACCUACAAAAAUACAACCUCUCAUCCUGGCUGGACUUGCCUCUCUAAUAGAAAGUGAGAGUUUGUACAGAGUGUGUUUGAUUGGUAGUUCUCUUUUUGGCCGUGUGCUAUAUUAGAACAAUAGUCAUUUAUUAUUGAAAAAUAGUUUUUGACUGUUCCUAAUAUAGGUUUUGCUGAUUUUUUCUCGGGCAGAGGUCUAAACCAGAUAGAAAAACCUGUAAGGGGUAUCAGCUGCUGCUUUAUGUAAUGCAACUAAAACAAAAUGGUCUCAGGUUUUCUUGUUUUACAGAUCAAGUCUGUCCCAGAUUAGAAACUUAACCUUUCCUAUUUCACAAUUGAAAAAAACAUUUUUUUUGCCUCACUAUUUACAACUUUAGCCACAGAACAACAAUCACAAAAUCACCAGGUAUUGAUUUUACCACUUCUCUUUCUUAAUAUGCUAAGAUGAGGUAUAGAUUUCAGCUGUUGUCUGUUUUUACAAUCAGCAAAAUUCUUUUAAAGCAAGUUUUGUGGUUAAAAUAUGUGGUUGACUAUCCAGAGAGGUUUAGUUCUAAAAAAAUGAAAAACUAUAGAAAUCCAUUGAUGUGAAACAAAUAUAUGAGACUUACCAUAGAGUUGACAGGUUACAUUUCUCUCAGCAGCCCUGGCUUGGGCUUAUGAAACAUAACGAUUGUGUUUGAAAAUCAUGUGACAGGAAAUGAUAGAUCGGAGUCAUCUGGCAAGUUUGGAUGUUCUUUUUCAUACAAUUUAUUUUUGCACAUAAAUCUUUAAACUAAAGAAGGAUAAUGUACAACUAUAUUUUUAUAAAAAAUUCCUAUACUACUCAUUUUUACUUUCAUGUUACUCCCUGUUAUAUUAUCCGGAGCUAUACAAAAUGGUAGCCCUGUAAACCAGAUUGUUGUGUCGUCACUUACUUUUUUCUUAAAGAACAAAAUAAGUUUGAUACCUGUGAAAUUCCUUCUGUUAUUUUACUCAAAUUCAACUACAUUUUAAGUUAAUAAUCCUUGUGGCAUAUCUCCCAAACAAUGGCUGUGGGACAAAAAUGACUUGUAUUAUUCAGCCUUUGUAUAAAAGCUUAUUUAAACCAUGUACAGUAGAAAAAUGCAUCCUUGUUGUUAUAUCUGAAUUCUCAUCUUGAAAGGGAGCUGAUUUAAACACUGCUCAUGCAUUUUAAACAUGUGCCACUUUAUCUAGAUCUAACCAUGACUUCUUUUGACGUGUCUGCUAACAAUUAACCUUGAUGAAACAAUUGCUUCUUUUAAAGUAAUAGCCCCUUCAUAUUUUAAACCUAAUGGACUUCCAAAAGACAAACUGUAUAUGUGCACUUACCAAUUGUAUGUAAAUAAAAUGACCUAAUGUUGAAUUAAUAGGAUAUUCUAGAUAGUCUAGUAAAUGCUUUGGACCAUACAGAAGCCCCAGCAACACCCAGAAAAACCAUGUAAAUGCUAAAUUGUAUCAAAACUCAGUAAGAAGUGUGUUUCUAAUUUAUAUUUUUGACAUGUUUAUUUUUCCAUAUAAUUGGGCAUUAUAUUGCAUGAAUGGAUUUAGUGUUCGAGUCAUCAUGUAAGCUAUGUGUCAUAUACCAUGUAAGAUACUGUAUAUGAGCUGACAAAAUAUACAAAUUUUAUCAAUUAUUCUGGUAUCGACAAUCCUGUACAGUUUAUUGUCAUUUAGAUUCAAAUGUGUCUCCUUUCCACUGUACUCAUCUUAUUGAUGCCAUUAAAAAGUGAAAAAUCAUUUGGAGUUAUGGUGCAGUUCGUCCCUGCUGUGGAGUUUAUUCUAUGAGUGCGAGGCCUCAUUUGUAGAUGCAUUCGUAGUGCCUCACAGUACCAUGGGACUUUCUUUAAGUGAGCC